AUGAACUACUCUAAUUUGGAAAAAUCUCACUUACAAAAAGAAAAAGCUCAAAUCACUCAAAAGGAAAAAUAUAACAAAAAUAUUAAAAUUAACAAACUAAAAAUAGGUAACAAAGUUUUAGUUGCAAAAUCUCAACUUAAAAAUAUUUUCUUAGCAAAAUUAGAGAAACAAUUUAUAGGACCAUAUAUCAUCUAUAAUAUUUUAUUAUUAGGAGUUUAUAAACUUCGAACAUUUGAUAGUAAAAAAGUUAAGGAUCCUGUAUAUGAGAAUAGGUUAAAAUUAUACUUUAAUCAACUAAUUAAUAAUUGGAAUAUCUUUACAGAAAAUACUAAUAAAGCUUUGAAUAAUUUGGAAACUAAUAAUGAAAAUACAUCCUUAAGUUUACAAUAUGAAACUACUCAAAAUAAAGACUUACAACAUGAAGUUGAUAAUAAUACUGAAUUUACUUCACCUUUUGAAGGCUACAAGGAUUAUAAAACCUUCAAAAAUAUUGUUUAUAAAAUUGAACAACUUGGAAAAUGUAAAGAUGUCAACAAGCAAAAGUUGGAAAUAGUCUACUAUCUUGGUGAACUAAGGACCAAAAACUAA